AAAGAGGGCGGGGCGAGUGGUUGAGCCAGCGUAACGUGACGCAUGUAAGAAAGUGUUUACCAAGCCCGUGUUUAGGCGAAGUUAUCGACUAGUAGACACGUUUAGCGACCGUAAAUACUAUCUUAUAACUACGCACAACGUAAACCAACCGGGGGGGAAACGUUAAAGCUCAACGUUACGUUAGAAAGGAGAAGACUUGCUUUAUUCCGUCAACAUGAGAGGGGGAUCCUCCUCCUACGGAGACCGCGGACGAGACAGGCCUCGGUUUGGGGCCAUGAACAGUCGCAGUGGACCCCCACCGAUGAAGUUUGGGAACCCAGGUGAGCGUCUACGCAAGAAGAAAUGGAACCUGGACGAGUUGCCGAAAUUUGAGAAGAACUUCUAUGCUGAACACCCUGAGGUCCAACGCAUGAGCCAGCACGAAGUGGAAGAGUUUCGCAGAAAGAAGGAGAUCACCGUCAGAGGCUCUGGCUGUCCAAAGGCGAUCCCUGCUUUUCACCAGGCGGAGUUUCCUCAGUAUGUGAUGGAUGUGCUGAUGCAGCAGAACUUCAAGGAGCCAACAGCAAUCCAGUCUCAGGGCUUCCCUGUGGCCCUGAGUGGCAGGGACAUGGUGGGGAUCGCACAGACUGGCUCCGGAAAGACACUGGCUUAUCUUCUUCCUUCUAUUGUACACAUCAACCACCAGCCCUACCUGGAGAGGGGAGACGGACCAAUUUGUCUGGUGUUGGCUCCAACCAGAGAGCUGGCUCAGCAGGUUCAACAGGUUGCAUUUGACUAUGGCAAGUCUUCCCGUAUCAAAAGCACCUGUGUCUAUGGUGGAGCUCCCAAAGGACCACAGAUUCGAGACCUCGAGAGGGGUGUAGAGAUAUGUAUCGCCACACCUGGUCGCCUUAUUGACUUCCUGGAGAGCGGGAAGACUAACCUGCGGCGCUGCACCUACCUGGUGCUGGAUGAGGCUGACCGCAUGCUGGACAUGGGCUUUGAGCCACAGAUUCGCAAGAUAGUCGAACAAAUCAGGCCUGAUAGACAGACUCUGAUGUGGAGCGCAACCUGGCCGAAGGAUGUCCGGCAGCUUGCCGAGGACUUCCUGAGGGACCACGUCCAGAUUAACAUUGGCGCUCUGGAGCUCAGUGCCAACCACAACAUCCUGCAGAUAGUCGAUGUCUGCAUGGACACUGAAAAGGACCAUAAACUUUUUCAGCUGAUGGAGGAGAUAAUGGCUGAGAAAGAGAACAAAACCAUCAUCUUUGUGGAGACGAAGAAGCGUUGUGAUGAAGUUACCAGGAGGAUGAGGCGGGAAGGAUGGCCAGCCAUGUGUAUCCAUGGAGACAAGAGCCAGCCAGAAAGAGAUUGGGUACUUGCAGAAUUUCGGAGUGGUAAAGCUCCCAUACUGAUUGCUACGGAUGUGGCCUCUCGUGGUCUGGAUGUGGAAGACAUCAAGUUCGUCAUCAACUAUGACUAUCCCGGCUCCUCUGAGGAUUAUGUCCACCGUAUUGGACGUACGGCCCGCAGUUCCAACAAGGGGACUGCCUACACCUUCUUCACCCCAGGGAACAUACGGCAGGCUCGAGACCUGGUCCGGGUGCUGGCGGAGGCCCGGCAGGCCAUCAACCCUAAACUGCUUCAGUUCGUGGAGUCGGGGCGUGGUUUAGGAGGAGGUGGUGGCAGAAUGCGUUACCGUGGCAGCAGCUCCAACAACCCUAACAAUAUGUACCAGGGGGAUUGUGAUCGCCGCAUGCAUGCUGGCCGUGGCGGCGGCGGCGGCAGCAGCAGCAGAGACCACGGCAGUAGCUUCAGCCGUGACAGCCACAACAACCGUGAUGGAGACCGCUCCACUUCCUCCUACAGGGACAGAGGCCGGGAUCACAGGAACAGCCACAGCUCGGGCUCAGAUCAGUACCAGAGCUACAGUGGCAGCGGGGCCUACAACUCCCACAACGGAGCCCAGGCCAGUGGAGGUCCGCAAAAGUCCAGCCAGCCGCAGGGUCCGUUUGGACAGCCUCCUCCUGCUCUUCCUCCUCCCCCAUUAUCAGGGGGAUUGCAGCCUCUGAUGCCUCAUCAGUUUGCUCAGCAACAGCAAACGCUCAUGGGCUUCAUUGGGCAACCGCCUUACCCUUUUGCUUCUCCUCCCCCUCCUCCUCCUCCAGGCCCUCACCCUCUGAGGAAGUAGAAUUAUGAGCAAGAAGCACUGAGUUAAUUGUCGCUACUUAGCGUGUUCAAAGUGUAAUUUUGUUUAAACUCUCCAACUCUUUCCCUCUCCAAGAGACGGGGAUUUGAUCAAGCGUAUAGCUAAGGAGGUAAGGGCUUAUAUAUCUUUAAUUUGUUUCAUGCUUUUUGACGAACUUUUACCUUUUCUUUUUUCCAACCUCAACUUAACCAUGUACCAUGGCAUUUUAUUUGUCAAUCUCCAGUUUAAGUUGUGUCGUCCAUCAGCUGUAUUAGGAUUUGAUUACAAUGAAAUUAGGCCUCAGUGGUAUGUGGUUGAAAGUGUUGGCCUAUGGGAAUGUUUAUUUCUAUUAUAUACCAUCCCAGUCCAGAGUCAUGUGUUGCUCUCUGGUUUUAUUAAAGUUAGACAUGUUUUGCUUAUUUUGUUUAAGGUUUUGACUAGCACUAUAUUCUAAUUAUUGCAUUCAUUUUGGGGUUUGUGUUAUUCUAAACAUUGAAGCAGUGAUCCAAGUUGUGAAUCUUAUUCCAUAGUUUUGUUACCAUGCAACCACAAUUUUUUGUUCAGUCAUAACAAUUUGGAUACAUUCUCACUCUUUACUUUCCUUAAGCAAGACAAAACUUCUGUAUUUCUAUUUACUUAUAACUGUUGUUAACUCCCAUAUUGCUUUAAUGAGCAGAUCCGCUAAUGCAGACCUAUUUUCGUAUGCAAUUUGGACUAAAUUGCAGUUUGUUUCAUCUUUUGUUCAUCAUGUAUUUUUUCUUCAUAAAUAAAAACAGUCAAAACAGUA